CGGGUCGGAGAGGAGGAGGGUUGGCUGGCAUUACCUUUGGAAGUAUUAAAAAAAUUUAAUUGCCUUGCAUUGGGACUAGACACAAUGGUCAAUAGCUCAGUCCAGUGAAAGGACAUCACUAUGGGUGGUGGAGGCAAAGGCAAAGGAAAGGGGAAAGGAAAGGGGAAAGGGAAAGGGAAGAAAGGAAAGAAGGGCGCCGUCGAGGUGGACAUCAUGAGCCCGGCGGCCAUGCUCAACCUCUACUACAUCGCCCACAACGCUGCUGCCUGCUUGGAGUUCCGUGGCUUCCCGUGGCCAGGCUCUCCGAAAAAGAAAGGGAAGAAGCGGAAAUAGGGAAUGCAACAGUGGGAAAAGGCAAGCCCCAGUGUUCGCGGUGAGACCCGGAGCCCCUUCACAGGGGAAGGAGACUUUUGCGGGGACCACACGAACCCAAGCAGAAUUUACUCAGGUUUCUUUCUUUGCCAUAAUCACUGUUGCAGGUGGACUGAAGCAGCUCUCGCUUCCAACGACGAGAAGGAAGUAAACGCUGCUUUGAGAUGCCUA